GGCCCUCCCCCUCCCCUAUGUCAUGUGACAUGUGAGUGACCGCGACCCACCCCCCACAUGCCUUCUUCUCCUCCUCCGAUCGAGUCCUAGCCUCCUCGACACACUCCUUCCAACUCCCACUCCCUCCACCACUCCCCCUCUCUUCUCAUAGAGUGAUAGAGAGGAGGAUGAUGAGGGGCGGCGGCGACGAGUACCAGCAGCAGCACUACUACGGGGCGGGGGCGCCGCACGGGCUGCUCAUGGCCGUGGUGCUGGGCCUCGUGGUGGCCGGCCCGCUCUUCAUGGGCGACGGCGGGGAGGCCAUCACGGGCGCCGUCGCCGAGCUCCUCGGCCCCACGGGGCUCCUGCUGCUCCCCGUCAGCCUCAUCCUCGUCAUCCGCAUCCUCUCCUCCAACCGCGGCGCCGCCGCGCUCGCCGAUGUCUUCGCCCUUGGUGGCUCACCGGACUCCGUCCACCGCCUCGGUGGCUCGCCCGUCGGGGUCGCGCUCGCGCUCAUGCUCAUCGUCGUCCUGCUCUACUACAGGACGUCGCUCUUCGGCGGCGACGGUGGCGACGACGAGUAGCGGCGGUACCACCGAUGCGAUCGGUCCUUCGCCAUGCCCCUCUUCCCUUGAUCAAGGCCUGUCAUCAUGAGAGUCCUAUAUGUUAAUUCUAUAAAGUGCUGCUUCGUUGGGAUCUGUAAUGAUCUGAUUUGGAAACGCCAAGCUUCUGCUGUGCCAGUUGAGUAGUUGGCCGUGUUUUCUUCUCACAGUACUCGCUCCGUCCCAUAAUAAAUAUAUUUCUUUGACUUCGAGACA